AUGAUUGACGAUUAUAUACAUGAAAAUACACCAGUGGAAGUUGCUAAACUACGGGCGCUACAAGACAUUAGUUCUAUUCUAGAAUCGUUGGGUAAAAACAUAAAUGACUAUGGAAUAGUGCCUUUCAGUAUAAAUAUAGAUGAGAAUAAAAGGUUGAGAAGAAUGGUUAUAGAGGAGACAACCGAUUUGGAUAUUAAAAAAGGGUGUGUUUGCGCAACAAGCUUAAACAUUGAACAACAAUUUGCAUAUGAUGCAAUUAUGGAAAAAGUAAAUUCAGAAUCAAGUGGUGUUUUUUUCAUUGAUGGUCUAGGUGGAACAGGUCGAACAACUCAUUCAAGAUUUAAAAUUACAUUGGAAACAAUUGGUGAAGUUAGCUACUCCGUUAGCAAGCAAUCAUCUUUAGGAACUUUGUUGAAAAUGUUUAGAUUAAUAAUUUGGGAUGAAGCACCCAUGGUAAAUCGUUUUGCUGUUGAGACUGUAGAUAAAAUGCUCAGAGAUAUUAUUGAUUGCACUUUGCCUUUUGGUGGGAAAGUCGUCGUUCUCGGAGAAGAUUUUCGACAAGUUCUACCUAACGUGAGGGAAAAGUUGGUUCCCACAUUUUGUGAAUAUUUGCUUAAAAUUGGAGAUGGAACAGAACAAGAACAUACUUGUAACUGCAUCAAGCUUCUAGAUAGUAUUAUUCUACAAUUUGAGGAUGAAAUUACGCCUUUAAAAAGUUUAAUAAAUCAUGUUUUUCCAAAUAUAAAAGCAUAUGUUGAUAAUUUACAUGAGAUGACAAAUCGAGUUAUUUUUACGCCUACAAAUGAAUGUGUUGAUCAUAUUAACAAAAUUUUACUAGAGCAAAUUCCAGGGUUAUGCAAUGAAAUACGCCUUACUUGUCGAAAAUUUGAGAAGAAUGUAAUUCUUGCUGAAAUCACAAGUGGCGAGUAUUGUGGAAAGCAUCCUUCUCACAAUUCUAGGGAUAGAAGUCGUGAUGACGAUGGAUUUGUGGUGAUGGCAGCGACUGCGACUGUGGUGGUGGUAGGGGAUACAGUCAUUCUGGUUUUGAUUUAA